AUGUCCGCGACAAAAGUGGCCCUCGUAACCGCCGGCUCGAGGGGGGUGGGUGCAGCCGUCGCACGCGUUCUAGCCCGUGACGCCCACAUGCGUGUGGCUAUCAACUAUCAUUCUGACGUCGCAGCGGCAAACGCCCUCAUUCAAGAGCUGGCGAAGCUCUCACCGUUGCCACAGACUUCAGAUCCGAGUUUCAUCGCGCUGAAGGGUGAUAUGGGCAGUCGGGAGGACAUUUCUCGCGUGGUGGCGGAUACUGUGCACGCAUUCGGGAGACUCGAUGUCGUCGUCUCGAAUGCGGGCUGGACCCGGAUGACGAACUUCAUGAAUCUGGACGAGGCGGAUAAUGAUGGAGACUGGGAUAGAUGUUUCCAGAUCAAUGUGAAGAGCCAUUUUCAUCUGUUUCAUGCGGCGCGGCCGUAUUUGGAUGCGACGGAGGGAGCUUUUGUGGCUACGGCUUCCGUCGCGGGGGUGAAGCCUAGUGGAAGUAGUUUGCCUUAUGCUGUCACCAAGGCUGCGUUGAUCCAUCUAGUCCGCAGCUUGGCAAUGAUCGCUGCUCCGAAGAUUAGAGUGAAUUCCGUCGCUCCAGGAGUUCUUCUGACGGACUGGGGACGUCAAUUCUCGGAAGUGAAACUCCGGUCAGUACAAGAACAGAAUGCGCUUAAGCGCUUUGCGACUCCCGAGGAUGUAGCAGACCAAGUGCGUUUCUUGGCGACGAGUCCCUCGGUUACAGGGCAGAACAUCAUUAUCGACGCCGGCUUCUCGCUGUGAAUAUGGUUAAGGAAUGGUUUCAUGUGCACCUGAGUCCGUAUAGUGCCACAUGGAGCUCACUUUGGCUUCUUGUUGGACCACUUGGCGGCUUGAGAUCGUGUAGCUGAAUCACAUCUCACCGUGCCAACUCUUAGUGUCGAAAGAUCAAAGACGCGCACUCG